AUGAGUGAAAGCGACGAUACACUAGAURUAGUAGAUGAUGAAAGAGAUGAUCUUUCUGAGGAUUGCACCUCCCCUUCAAUUCUUACUGGUUUUGUUCCCGCUAAAUCUACUAGUUUAGCAAAAACAAGCUUCGUCGCUGAGUCUAACGAGGCAAAAAGGAGUCCUUCAAGAAAACACCCAAAUUCACUUGACGAUAUAACUGCUUCACCUCAAUACCUCCCAACAUUCCCUAAGCUCCAAAAGAUCGACAAAAUUCUAGACGAUGGAACUCUCUUUGUACCAAGUAGCUGUUCUCCCCCGUCAACCCAAGAUGAAUCAUUUCAAAGCAGUCAGGAGACGGAGGGAGAAAAAGACGAGAUAUUUUGUGUUUCUGAACGAGUGAGAGAGGUCGAAAUGCAAGCAGACAUCUUGGCUAAACUAAAGGAAAAAGGAGUUCCUGUUAAAGCUUCCAAAGAAUUCGCAAAUCUCAAAGAAAAACUGAUACAAGUUCGUGUACUCCUGUCAAGUCUCACCCUUACACAAGACAUCGACAUUCUGAACGCAUCCAAACAAGAUGUCGGCUCUCUUUCGUCCAAGCAAAAGCGUUUGGUCGAUCUUUUCAAAAGAUGCAAAGACGCAGUUUCAAGGAUUCAGUCCCUUAAACGCGAUGAUAAAGUUAUUAUUGAAGAUUCAGAUUUUAACAAAAUACCAUGCAUUUUGCCUGGAGUGUAUACUACGAGACAAUCAUUUGGUAGUAAGGCUGAUGAUACUCACAAGACUUUUGCCAGGAAGGAAGAAAAUGAUGAUACGUCCGGUAUCCAGGACGAAGAUCAAGAGAACGUCGUAUCCAGAUUCUGUGAUCUCGACACAAGACUAAAACGUGGGGAAAUAAACUCAAGAGAACAAGAAGAAAGCUUUAAURCCAAUACAGAGCAGGCUCAAUUACCAUUAACUGAACACAAUCGCAAAGACUUAAAUUCAAGGAUUCUACCAAAUACUUAUUUUACAACAAGCACAGUGAGUACUCACUGUGCCGCUGCGUCCACUAUUAUUGGCAUGCAGGGAAAUGCCACUGAAGCAAAUGGGACAUCUUCUACGUUAGGUUCACGCAUGCAAGAAGUAACUAUAGGUACAACAAUCACCCAGACCACAUCUACACCAAGCCUAUGCAAGUACUCUGUAGCUGCAAACACACAAGUGUAUGUUAUAACUGGAAACAUCCCUACUUUAGCAACCACACAUUCUACCGAAGACCGACAAAGAUGCACUGUUGUUAAGGCUAUUUCUUUACCUGUGAGCUUAUCCACUUUUGCCAUUUCUUGUGCAAAUACUUCCUCCACUACAAAUUCCCGAAUACGCACAAUUGUAAGACCGAUUUCUCUUCCCGCUUCAAAUUUACAGACAAACUCUAUGUCAUCGCAACAAGAAUUGGCUGUCAUCCAUGCAGAUAAGAUGAACGUUAACAAGGGUAUGAUGCUGCCUCAACCUGUGUUGAACACCUCGACACAUUUACUGGCAUCCAACGUUGCUAGAGCAGCAUCUCUGCAACCAACACAUACAGCUCGGUCCUCAUCACAAAUAAGCUUCGUCGCACAAACUGAUGUAGCAGCACGCUCACCUGCAACAUUAUCCACGAUGACAAGUCCAUGUGCCUCAACUUUGGUCAGCACGGGUCCACUACCAACGUCGUCUUUUUUAAAUGCACAGGUGUACAGUACAACGUAUUCUACACAAUCUAUGACAUCAGCCAUUCUGAGUUCACAGAAUGUGACAGGUGGGGUUGCUGUUAGACCGACAGCUAAUACUAGGAGCUCUCAGCAUUACAAUUCAAGUAGAACAGCACCCUACACUACAAACCUACAGACAAAUGCCAUAAUCGCCACAGCCACUGCUUCAACGACUGGAUCUUCUCAUACUUCAACGAAAGCCGUUUCCCUACCCCCGACAGUCUCCUAUACAAGCUCAUUUGUCACUACCAAACCUGUGGCCAUUUCUUGUAUAAAUGGCCAACCGCCGGGCAUUAGAUCGCACGAUCUGCCGAAAACAGUUUUGCCAGCGUCGCGACCUGUGGAAAUCACUAUACAGAAAAGUACAGCACCAAGUGAUAAAAGUAAUGAUUAUUCAAAGAGCAGUCAGCGUCGAGCGAUUAUCCCAAGCAAGAGACAAGAUUUUACUGGUCGGCCAGAAGUUGAUAUUGUUACCUUACUUCGACAUAAAGUUAUAUCUCCCGGUUAUGGAGUAUUGUCUGUAAUAAGUCAGGGAAGAAAAUUCGAGGCAUCCUUAAAACCAAACGGUAAUAUCGAGUCUACUGGAGGAGAGAUCUUUCACACGYCAAUGGCAUGGCUUAAGGCAGUAACAGGGAGUAAGACUGCAACACGUCAACCAGUUGCCUACAGCAAGAUAUUUUAUAAAGACAAGCCUUUGGCAGCAUUUACUAUCCCCAGUAAUUCCACGCUCGAUAAAGCUGAUGGGAUUCGCCAAGAAACUCCAAAUGGCUCUUGUGAAGCACUUGAAGUACAACAGAUGGGAAAUGACAGCAUUUCAUCGCUUGACUUGUCCAAACUCCUUCACGCAAACUGUAAAAUCCAUCUAAUUUCAGAUCUUGAACUGAUACCUACAGCUAGUAUUUUACCUCAUGACUUUUGGAAAAGAAACUUUGAUGACAUUGACAUCGAUCCUAAAUUGCUUGAUUUUUGAUGGAUACAAGUGCAUUUAGUCUUCAACAUUUAGGUUUUGGUCUUUGUAAAUUUUAAGAAGAUGAAUAAAUACCACAA